ACGCAAUACUUUACACAGCGAUAUGGAAAUGGCGCUUGCGUUUAAGUCCUAGUGGUUAGGGCAGACAGCCGCUAAGUCUCAAAAGUCAAGGUCCACCGUUAGAAAUUGUAGUUUGGUCUUGUCAGAGUCGUCUUCUAAGUCUAUACAAUUUAGCAAACGUGCAUGUGAGAAGGGCGGAUUAUGACAGAAGAAAAGUCGCAUCGGAGGACACAUUUGAGUCAACAGUAUUUUGAAACCGUCAACAUCAGACAGUAAGCAUGCGUGACCUGGCUGCCCAGGUCACCAGCAGCCUGUUGCGCUUCCCGGAGGUGACUGUAGACGCUCUGGGUGAAGAUGAAGUCACGCUGGACUCUGUGCUGCAUGGCAGGUUCACCGUCGGGCGGAGUGGGUUGGCCUGGCUGGCGUGUGGCCCCCAGCUGGAGGUGGUGCACUCGGUGACGGCCGAGCGCUUCUCGGCCUACUGCUUCAGCAGCCUCAGCGAACACCCGCCCAACGUGCUGGCGGCGCACGACUUCUGCUGGCUGAAGCGCACGGGUCUGCUGGUGGGCCUGGAGGAGGCCGAGGGCAGCAUGCUCUGUCUCUACGACCUGGGCAUCUCCCGCGUCGUCAAGGCCGUCGUCAUCCCUGGCAGGAUCACAGCCAUCGAGCCCAUUGUGAGUUAUGGAGGGGCCAGUGCAAACACCCAGCACCUUCACCAGAGCCUGCGCUGGUUUUUCGGCGUGGCCGCCGUUGUCACGGACAUCGGGCACGUCCUCCUGGUGGACCUCUGUCUAGAUGACCUGUCCUGCAGCCAGAGUGAACUGGAACCUUCCGACCUGGAGGUGGUGAACAAGUCGCCGUCGGAGAUCCCGCGUCUGAGGGAGGGGGUGACUCAGCAGGGCCGCCACCUGUGCCUGCAGCUCAACAGCCCCACGGGCACCGGCGCCUCCGCCCUGCAGUACAUCCCCCGCACCAACCAGCUCGCCGUCGGCUUCUCUGACGGGUACCUGCAGCUCUGGAACAUGAAGACCCUCAAGAAAGAGUAUCACUCUCAGCUGGAAGGAGGCAGGGUUCCUGUCUACGCCUUCACGUUCCAGGAGCCAGAGAACGACCCCCGCAACUGUUGCUACCUGUGGGCAGUGCAGUCGGCUCAGGACCUUGAGGGGGAUGUGGUGAGCCUCCACCUGCUGCAGCUGGCCUACGGAGAGAGAAAGUGUCUCGCCUCCGGCAAGAUUCUCUACGAGGGUUUAGAGUACUGCGAGGGACGCUACAGCCAGGACCUGAACGGCACAGCCUUCCCUCUCAGGGCUCAGGCCACCAACACGCGCCUGCUCAGCUGCCAGACCAUCGAGAAGUUCCGCCACCACCCUGACCGCGACGACAGCAUGAACGAAGUGGCUUCACCAGACACCAGCGUGUCCAUCUUCAGCUGGCAGGUCAAGUCUUACGGGCAGGCCAAGCCAUCCACGUACAUCAGUGUGUUCGACAUCAACAGAUGGUACCACGCACAGAUGCCCGAUUCUCUGAGGGCAGGGGAGUCUCUACGUAACUGCCCGUACUUCGCCGUGUGGUCCCUGGACGCGGUGGUGGAGAUGGCCGCGACCAGCCCCCUGCUGGACGUGCUGGUGCACGAGCGCAGCCUGAGCAGGGGCCUGCCCUACACCUGCCCUCCCCCCGAACAGUUCUUCAACCCCACCACAUACAACUUCGAUGCAAGCUGCUUGCUGAACUCUGGGAUUGUGCACUUAACUUGCUCUGGUCAUCAGAAGGAGACCCUGAGCUACCUGAAGAAGGUGGCUCCCACGCUGAGCGAGAGCAUCUCCAGCGGAUACACCCGCUGUCUGGUGUCCGGCUUGCUGUCCCCGCGCCUGGCCGACGUCCAGGCCUCCAACCUGUCUCAGGACGAACAGCUAGACGCCAUCUUAUCCACAGCGGUGGAGACGAGCUCCCUCGGACUGAUCACUGGAUGUAUAAAACAGUGGACUGCUGAAGAGCAACCAGGAUCAGCAGCAAAUCUGCGGUACAUUCUGGAAUGGGCCUGGGAUAAAGUGGUCCACACCAAACAGGAGCUGGAUGGCAUCUGUGAGCCCCUGUUUGACAGCUCGUCAAACUUCACGGAGCCCCAGACCCUGCAGCUGCUGCAGCACAGCCAGCGGUUGCUGGGCAACCUCAGCACCAUCUUCCACUCCCUGCUCAGCCAGGCCCAGGAGAUCACACAGAAAGGUCUUGUGGGCCUCAUCAACAAAAACCUGGUGUCCAGUCUGAUUGCACAGUAUUCACAAGUGGUCCUAUGGUUCUGCCGGACUGGCCUACUCCCUGAGGGUUCAGAUGAUGAAGACGCUCUGCAGAUUUCAAGGCCCUUCUACAGCUACUCAAUCAUCAAGACCUACUACACCGGCAGACGAGAGGAGCUGCAACGCCUCACCAAGGACAAAUGGAAUGCUGACUGCCUCAUGAUUGAUGCACUGGUGGGCCAAUGCGGCGAGCGACUGGCUGACCUGUGGAAAAGGGACGAGGGGGGAGCAGGGCAGUACCCACCUCUUUCACUGCAUGCCUUGCUGGACAUCUACCUCCUGGAGAACAUUGAUGAAUCUGCCAAACACGCCAUUGUUAUUUAUUUACUGCUGGAUGUCAUGUACUCUUUCCCAAAUAAGAGCGGUUCGUCAGUAGAGUCCUUCCCAACAGCGUUCGCCAUUCCCAUUGGCCUGGUCAAGCUGGUGCAAGGCCUGUGGCUACUGGACCAUCGGGACCAUGAGAACUCCCUGGAGCUGCUGCUGCACCCGGCCACCAGUCACUCUCUGUGGGCGUGGCAGCAUGGCCGCGUGCUGGAGGCGCUCAUGUGCCAGGGCCAGCACGCCAUCGCCCUGCGCUACCUGCACGUCAUGAAGCCCUCGCUCGGCACCACCAGGGAGGCCAAGCUCUGCCUCUCCGUCCUCCUGCACAACAGAUGCAUGGUGGAGGCGUGGGCUCUGCUGAGGCAGCACUCUAACAAGCUCAACAUGGAGGAGCUGCUGCGCUUUCUGUAUGAGACCAGUCAGGAGUUGGACCUCAUGAAGGAGCUGCUCAAGCUGCCUCUGGGCCUCACCGAACAGGAAUGUCUGGAGCGUUUUCUUCAGGGCACAGGAGGGCUCCAGAACCGGGAGCUGCUGAUGGUGCAUUACCUGCAGCAAGCCAAUUACGUGCCCGCUCUUCAGCUCAACCAUACACUAAAGAUGAACACGCUGAACGACCGUGACCCUAAAAUGAAGGAACGCUCCAACACCAGGAACUCCAUCCUGGACCAGUAUGGGAAAGUCCUGCCCAGAGCGCAGAGAAGACUGGCCACAGAGAGGGCCAAGCCCUACAGCCACCCCUCCACCAUGCUCAGAAAGGUGUCCAGACCACAGCCGUUGUCCACUGUGGCUAAGCGUUCGGCCGCUGAAAGUGUGCUGACGAGAGCAACCUUCAUCAGCAGUGUCCUCUCCAAGAUCGAGGAGGUGUGGGUGGGAAAGGACAGCACCCCAGAGUCCUCUUCUCUCAAGAGUCCCAGAGUGCCCGAAGUGCUUGUGCCAAGCCCCCAGCGUCCCCCAACCGAUCUACCUGAAGCCUUUGUGGGCACGCCAAUCACCGUGACGAAAAAGAGAAUGUCCAGGAUGUUUGAUUUGAUGGUGCACCCCUCCUGCCUGAACACCCCUGAGCCCCCCAACCAGCUUCAGACCCCCCCUCGGACCUCGAGCAUGUGGACUGCCCCAAAAAGCAUCCCGCGAGCCCCUGAGCUGGACCUGCUGCAAACCCCACAAGUUGUCAAGAGAGCUCGUGCUUUGGCUGCAUCAGUCCCCGUCUUCUCCAGCUUCACCCCCCAGUCCAUUCUGCGGAGCAGCCUUCGGCCCACCCCAGUGGCCACCCCCUCUGCCUCCCCCGGCCGCUCCGUCACACCGCCCCCGCGCCCCAAAGAGAGCCGCAUCACCUUCGUGGAGGAGGAGGAGGCCGCCAGCCCGGAGUUGCCCAAGAACCCAGCGCCCUGGAGCAACGGGAUUGUGGGUGACAGUGAGGUUAGCCUGUCUCAGAGAUCUAGUGUCCACUCGUACGAAGAGGAGGAGGAGGAAGAGGAGGGCAAGCCGAGGGUGACCUGCUUCCCUCCGGCAGAGAAGCUUGCGGCCGCGGCGAGUGAGCGCGCAGGUCGGGACUGGUCGAAGAGCGGUUCCUCGUCUGUUCGAGAAGUCUCCGCCAGCAUGCCCGUGCUGGCUAGACGGCCGAGCCUCGGACACGACACCAGCGUAGCAUCGGUGGACCAGUCGCUUGAGUCCACUCUGGAGUUCCACGACGCCCCGAUGCCGGAGGACCUGCUGCUGGACCAGCACGAACCCACAAUGGUGUGGGAGGAGCAGGUGGACGAUGAGGUGAUCGUAGUCAGGCGGUCGGCCGGAAAAGCAUCAAAGGCAGAACCGUCGCUGGAUGAUGCCGUUCCAGAGGAGCCCCCUGUGGCUGCUCACGAGGAGAACACUCUGCUCACCGUGGAGGAGAAGAUUGAGGAGCAGAAGGAGGAGAUGGACCAGGAGGAAGUUGAGGACUGUAAGCCAGAACCUGAGCCCGAAAUCCAAGUAGCAUCAGAAUCGAGCGGAGAGACGGAGGUCUCCGUGGCUCCACCUGAAGCGCUUCCUGCUGUGGAGGAAGGCGAGUGCGAUCCGGAGGUUGUGCAGGCGCCGCAGGAGGAGGAAGCUGAGGAUGCGGUUGAGGCUCUCACAGACUCGGAGCUGCUGAACGCAACGGUGGAGGUGAAAGCCGCUGAAGCAGAGGAACUUGUCUGUGUGUCUGAGAACGCUGCCGAUGUUCUUCCCGAGCUCGAUCACGUACCAGAACAAGAACCAGAACCCACCACAACCAUGGCCAACCAUGCUGGGAAUCCAGAGGAAUCAAAGCCAGAUGUUGACGUGGAGGAGAACAUCCCGAGGAAGCAGGACGUCACAGAUCUGGAUAUUGAUGCUUAUGUGGAGCAUCAUUUAUUUGACAAUAUGUCCCCUCCUCGCUCACCAACACGGAACUGGACGACCAUUAACAGCGACGCUGUCCACGAAAUGGCUGAGGAACAAGCCCCUGCUGUGUCCACUGCAGUGUCCACUGAUGUGCCAAUGCUGGCCACUCAGAAGUCUGUGGCCUCCUCAGAGCCCACAACCUCUGGCUCUCCCUCUGUGGUGAGCGUGAAUGACAGUGAGGAUCUCUCCAGUGCCGCCUCAGAGGACGAGUCGGACUCUGAAGAGGAGGAGGAAGAGGACGAGGAGGAGGAGGAGGAAGAAGAGGACUCGGGCAGUGAGGUGGAGAUCAUAGAGGAGGUGGAGGGGAACGGGCGGGCACUCCGCCAACCUCCCGCUCACCUGUACCUGGAAGAGCUGCCGCCCCAUGCUCAUUACCUGCAGGAGCAGACCUCCGCCGUGCUCUCGCUAGUCUCACCUGAGGCUCAGCAGGUGGAGGGCAUCAUGCUGGAGGAGGAUGAGGAUGAGGAGGUGGUGAUGCUUGGCCUGGGCCCCAGGUGCCUGGAUGAAGAUGACGCUGAGGUGAGCUACACCGAGCUCAAGCCCCCUGCCACAAUCCUGGUCCCACUGGAGCUCGCCGAGGAUGUGUUGGUGGACUCCGACCCCCAUCAGCCCCAGCACCUGCUGGACGAAGGGGCCCUGGCCGCAGUCAUGCCGGUCGAGUCCACAGUGACCCCUGCUGGUGGCUUCUCACUAAUGCUGGAGGCCGAGGAGGAAGAGGAGGAGGAGGAGGAGGGGGAGUUGAGAGAGCGUCAGGCUGUGGAGCAGGUGGACGCGGGUGGAGAGAUGGAUCAGCUGAUGGAACCACCUGAGGUUGAGGAGGAUCAGCUGGUGAUGGGCAUUGAUACCAGAACCCAAGAGCUGGCGGAUCAAGAGCAGGUGGACACACCUGGCCCACAGGUGCACGCACAGGAGGAGAGGGACACACAGGUGGGCACCGCUGAGGAGCCGGAGGACGGAGACGCUCGGGACACUGUGCCAGUAUCUGUGGAUGCAGAGAUGCCCACGGAGGGGGAGGCGGCGUUUGACGCCCCUGCCCUCCCUGGCUCUGCCGGAGAGAGUGAGGCCAGGCAGGUGAGCGACACACCUGAAGCGGAGGUGGGACAGGUGGAGCGGCAGGUGCAAGACACACCUGAGCCGUUGGAAGCGGCAGGAGCCACACUGGAGGAAGAGGAGGAGCGCAUGGCCAGUGUGGAGGACUUGGCGGAGGUGCCAGGCACUGAGGAGGAGAGUCCCACUGAGAUGGAGACCCAAACUGAGGAACCAAACGAAAACCUUCCACAGGAACCCAAUCAGGCUGAGGAGGAACCCAAGGAACAUGCACCUGAGGCUGAGGAAGAACCCAAGGAACCUGCACCUGAGGCUGAGGAGGAACCCAUGGAACCUGCACCUGAGACUGAGGAGGCUUCACUGCCGCAGUCGUCUGCUGAUGCUGAUGAUGAUCCAGAGAAACCAGAAGGAGAGGAGAUCUUGAGCUCUGCUGCUGAUGCUGAGGUCGAGGAGAAGAGCACUUCAGGUGCAAGGGCUGAGAAAGGGAGGUCUACCAGGCAGAGUGAGCAGGCAGCUGCUGCUGCGGCUACUGAGAUCGCAGACACUACCUAUGACAUUCCUCCGGUCAGCACAAGGAAAGGCAGCAGUCAUAGGAAAAAUGUGACUUUCCUCUCACCCGUCAUUCAAGUGGAGAAGGACCUCUCGGCCAGUGAGGGGGCAGAAGAGCAGAGUGACCCUCCGGUGCCCUACACGCCGCGACGCUCCACCAGGAGUGGCAAGCAGCUGCCAGAUGUUCAGGUUCCCGUCACGCCCAGGAGGAGAACGAGACGGACCGAACCGGAGCAGCAGAAGGAGGAGGAGGAAGAGGAGGAGGAGGCUCCAUCAGCUAGCACAACAGUCAACUCCAAACCCAGUACCUCAAAGAGACAGACACCACAGAAAGUCACUCCAAGGAAGGGCGGUCGGAGAACCAGGAGCUUGGUAGACACCGAGGAGGCCGUCGACGAGCAGCCUGCCGUCGAGUUGCCGGAGACGGGUCGACGGAGCACCAGAAAGACGCGGAACACGUCCAUCCUGGAGGCUCCUGAAGCUCCCGCUGUGGCUCCCGAAGCUAAGGCGAUUGAGGAGCCCCCCAGGUCGGCCUCCAGUAGCCCCGGCAGGGUGACCCGAGCGUCAGCCCGGGGGGUCAGCCUCACCCUGGUCAGCUUCCAGAAGCCGCCGCCGCCAGCCGAGACCGCUGUCGUCGUCACACCGCCCAGAAGCAGAAGGAAGACGAGGGCCGGCACGGCCGAGAAGGCCAAAGCCACUACAGACUCUCCCGACGACACCGCGCCUCCCAGCGGCACAGCCGUGCGCCGGCUGACCCGGGGCCGCCACUGGAAGGACAUGGAGGACGAGGAGGGCGAGGAGAAGAAGGACGAGCUGGGCAUCAUGGACACCACUGUGGAGCUGGUGCCCGGGACGCCACUAGGGGACGCUCUGAUGGAGAGGCUCCAGGGAGAGGCCAGAGGGGAGGUGGCCGGGGCGGGGGUCGGGGUCGCCGUGACUGAGAUCAUCCGCGCCAAGCGCAGGACCACGCGGGCAGCCGCGCCGCUCACCCCCGUGCUGGAGCCCGAGGAUGGCGUGAGCAGCCAAGCGGACAUGGACGCAGACGCUAGUGCUGUGGCUGAGCCGCCGGAAUCGGCGGCGAGUCCGAGUCGGAGACGCGCGCGGGCUAGUAAGGCCCCCGCGCCUGAGGUGCCCACGCAGACGGACACUUUCACCUUCACAUCGAUGAGGAGGACUAGAGGACGGAAAGUGGAUAGCGUGGAGGAGAACGGCGUCGCUCCAUUGCCAUCUCAGGUGAUUACCCCUGCACCUGGCACCCGCACUCGACGAGUCCCAGACAUCUCCGAGCCCCAGUCCAGCAGCCAGGAUAACAACAAAGCGGAUGAUGUGGCAACAGAAACCAAAACUAGUCAGCCGAAAAAGACCCGAACCACCAGGCUGAAGGCUUCUGUGGAGCCCCCGGCGCCAGUGACUGCGUCGCUGCUGUCGCCCCUGGUGACGCCGGAGGAGCUGACGACGGGGCGGACGCAGCGCAGGGUGGCGGAGCGCGCCAGGGACGAGGAGGAGAAGCCCGCUCCCAGGAUGAACCUGCGGCGCAAGCGCGUGCUGGACGCCAUCUUCCCCAAGCCCGUCGCCAGGAGGAAGAAGCUCUGAUGCGCCACACACUGACCCAACGCCCACACAAACAAAACCCACCCAGCCAGCCAGCCAGCCAACCCCCAUAGGUCAAUUUGAGGACUUCUCGAUUGGACUUCAGCGUGACCUCCCAGGACGACGUCCUUUCUUUGCCUCUGUUGGUCUUUCCUUUUCCCUCUUCUGUUUUUAGAGAAAGACACGUUGCUGCCUGCUGUUUUAAUUUAAGAAUAACCAGUGGAAAUUUGUUUUCAAAUUAAUAAAACAGAUCUAAUUUAGGAAAUGGAAAUAUUAAUUUUAUAUAAAUUACUGUAAAGUUUACAGCAAGGAGAACUGUGGGACUUCAGCACCAAAAAACAAGAUGGCUUAGUUUUUAAAUAUGCAUUUCUACUAAUUGAUGCAAGUGUAAAUAGUCUUUUGAGUAUGUUAAAUAAAAUUGAACCCUUGUAAAUGAUUUUGCUUCUGUUUGAAGUGUUGAUGUUUUGUUUUGUUGUUCACUUUUUUUCUGCAGUGUAUACAACUUCAUAAAGUAAUUAUGUCUUAACAUGGAGUUUUCUCUGAAUGGUUUGAAAGCACUAAUUUAGUUGUGUGAUGUGGAAGGGGUUGUAUACACAGUAAAUCUAUCACACGAUGCUUUUCACAGAAUGUAAAAGGAUCCUUAUUUUUGUAUGGGCUGCUUAAACACAAUGUGGCUAAGUUCGUUUUUAAUGCUUGCUCUGUAUGACUGUGGAAUUUCCUGUCUGGGUCAUUCUGGGCUUUUGGUAUAUAAUCAUUAAAAUAUCUUAAUGUAUUUUUCAGUAUAA